GAGAAAUUUUUUUUUCUUUUCUCUUUUUUUUCAUUUGCAAUUGUUUAUGAUUAGAAUUUUUUUCUUUUCUAAUGUUUUUUUUACUAAUUUAAUUAAUUCGUGAUACAAUUGAUAGUUUGUGGAAUAAUUAAAAUGGGAGGUUUGUUUGGAAAGCAUAAGAAAAACGUUCCUAAAGUAACCGAACAAGACAGAGCUGUUUUGCAAUUAAAGCAACAACGUGAUAAAAUUAAACAAUAUCAGAAAAGGAUUCAAAGCAGACUUGAAGAUGAACGUAAUUUGGCUCGUCAAUUGCUACAAAAUGGACAGAAAGAACGAGCUCUUACAAUAUUGAAGAAGAAGAAAUAUUUCGAAAAUGUCAUCGCUAAACAAGAUGGACUUCUAGAGACUUUGGAGAAAUUAGUUGAUGAUAUUUCAUUCGCUCAAAUUGAAGUUCAAGUUGUUGAAGGAUUAGAACAAGGAAACAAAGCUUUGAAAGAAUUGAAUAAAAUCUUAUCGAUUGAACGAGUUGAAACAAUUCUCGAAGAAACAAGAGAAGGUGUUGAAAAACAAAGGGAAAUUGAUCAAAUCAUUAGUGGUGCAUUUGAUGAUGAAGAUGAAGCUGAACUAAUGGAGGAACUUAACCAAAUCACCAGAGAGAUGGAUGAACAGAAAGAUCUAAAUCUACCCAAGGUUCCUCAAGGUGAACCUAUCGGUGGAGAAAACAAUGAAGACCAAGAAGAGGAAGAAGAAUCAUCAUCGGCUGCAAGAAAAGAAUCUAGAAAAUCAACAGAGAAAAAGAGAGAAGCUCUUGUAGCCAGUUGAUCUAAAUCACAAUGAUUAUAUUCCAAUGUACAAUCGUUAAAAGAGAAACCUCAACAAAUCAAGUCAUCUAAUCAAACGGGAACGUUAAUCAUAUAAAGUCAAUGAGAUUAAAAAUAUCGUCUUUUUUAAUUCGUCAUCACAAUCAAAGCCAACAAGCCACAAGAUUAACAUUCUAUAUGAAACAAACUAUUCACUUCAAUUACAUGAUAAUUUCUAAAUUGAUCAUGAUUAUGUCAUCAAUAUGUUUUGUAAUUAUUUUAAUAUUUUAAGAUGAGAAAAAAUCUCGUCAAGUCAAAUCAAAUCAAAUCAAAUUUUAAAAUCACUUCGAUCCAAUUGAUAUCCAAUCAAAUAACAAAAAGUAACGAAAACAAGACUAACCCUUUCAAUCAUAUAGAAUUGAACCAGAUGAUCAACAUUGACAAGCAAAAUCAACUUUAAUUCAAUUUGCAAUCCAAGAGAAUGAAAAAUUCAAUCCAAUUGAUUAGAGAAAUUCAUUUACACCAAGUGACUUAUACUUGAGACAUCAACUUCAGAGAAUCAAUCUGUAAACCAAUUAAGCCACUCAACUAAUCGCUCAGUUUUUUUUACAGAAAUAACGGAAGUUUGUCGAGUUUACAUAUUGAUUAAUAACAUUUAAAAUUGUAAUUAAUGUUAAUUGUUAGUAAUCAUGUUGAUGGAGAUGAGGAAGUUGUCAACUGAGUGUAAAGUUUACGUCGAUGAUUAAGUCCAUUUGAGCUCGGAUUUUACAAAAAAAGCCAAAUCUGAGACCAUUAAGAGUUAAUUUUAAUGUUCGAUUCUCGAAAAAUUUAAAUUUCUAUCAAUAAAUAUUUUAAUCGUUGCUAAAUAAUUAA